CACUGUCUGAUGAAAGCGAGGUCGUAAGUUCCAUGGUUCCAACAGCUAACAGCGAACUAACGGUUGUUUCAGAGAUACUACGUGACUACGUCACGGCAGCUACGUCGUCUGGAGGCCAAGACUCGAUCUCCAGUGUUCGCCCAUCUCACGGAUGUAGCGAGCGGAGCAGUCGUCCUGAGGUCGGCGGGUGCUUCAGCGGUGAGACACGCUCUGCAGCAAGCCGCUGGACUUCUGGACUCCAAUCUCAAGCUGGCGUUCGCCGCAACACGGCCAGCAGGUGGCUUGGAGUCCGGAUGGUGGCGCUGGGUGUCACGAUUGUCGGGGUUGCCAGUUCCCUGAGUGUUGUGUUCAGACGAACACUGACCAGCGGGGUCGUUGGACUGACCAUCUCCUACGCUUUAGAUGUUACGGAAAAUCUCAACUGGUUAGUGCGCAUGACUGGUGACCUGGAAACAGACGCUGCAUCCAUUGAACGCAUCGAUGAAUACAGUCGACUGGCGUCAGAAGCCAACAGCCACUGCACGCUGCAGCCUGCGCCAUGCUGGCCACUGCUCGGGCGGAUACAGUAUCUGAAUGUCACUGCUAGCCACUCUCCUCUCUCGCCUCCAGUGCUCAGGGGCCUCAACUUCACCAUCCAGCCCGGGGAAAAGGUUGGUCUGGUAGGACGAACUGGAGCAGGGAAGACAUCUCUAUGGAGCGUUCUGAUUGGUCUGCUCACGCCCACAGGUGGCGCUGUUGUGAUCGACGGUCUGGAUGUGUGUACAGUCCCCAUCCACGUACUUCGCAGUCGAGUAGCAGUCCUUCCUCAGGAACCUUUCGUGCUGGAAGGUUCCAUCAGACUGAACCUCGACCCUACAGGUCAAAUCAACGACGAGCAAAUGUGGGAGGCACUGCGCAAAGUGCGACUAGCCAAGCACAUCAGGUCACUGCCUAAAGGUCUGGAUACUCAGUGCCAGUCCGAUGGUAGUAUUUUCAGUACUGGUCAGAAGCAGCUCCUGUGCUUGGCCCGCUUGCUGCUGCGUCCAGCAAAGAUCGUGGUACUGGACGAGGCGACGUCCUCCGUGGACGCCAAGACUGCCGCGGUCAUCGAUCAGACUCUCAUCCACGCAUGCGCCAAACGCACUGUCCUGGUGGUGGCUCACCGGCUUAGCACAAUAUUGAACUGCAACAGAGUUAUUGUGCUCGACAAAGGCAGCGUGGUAGAGAUGGACACCCCAGCACGACUCAUGGCCAACCCGCUCUCGUUCUUCUCUCGUCUGGCGGCCAGCAGUGGCCUGAUGAACCCCCAGAGUUCGCAUCCAAGACAACUUGUCGCUCCAUGAUUUCCCCAGUACUCAGCGACAUCUAGGGGUAGGGUGCCGGAAGUUCCCUAGUCACCAACACUAGACAGACCCAUAGCAAAUGGUGAACGUAUCCUGCGAUAAGUUGGCCACCACUGGCUCUACGAGCUACAACUGUUUCAACUGUAUUGCUGACUGCGGUAUUCAGAAAUUCCCUAAACUGGAGCGAGCUAAUAAACAUAUCCUCUUGUGCUCAUAUUUAUCAUAUUCAGGUGUAAAUACUCCUUCUGUUUCUCUUAACUUGUGUUCUUGAAAUUUGUAUUCAUGAUAAUAUAUGUAUUCAGCUCUCAUGUGUAUUAGAAAUAAAAACACUACAAAUAAAUACUCUGCUUGAAACUUUUGAAUAAGAUUUAAUUUUGCCUAUAAGUUCUCGUACAAAGUGUUACUGAUCGUGGACUGGAAAUGAUUUAAUAUUGCAUUGUCACCGUAAAAUGAUCAACGUGAAAAUUUCAGACCUGUAGGAUGAUAGGAAGUAGUUGAAUAUCAGUUAC